AUGAGAAAAGCAAUUAGCAACGCCAAUUUAUCGCAUUAUAUUGCCAACGCGAUCAUCGGUCUACAUACAGUCGCUGUGCUCUUUUAUGGCAUUGGUAUAAUUCUAAACAAUGUCGAUCUUACUGAUACCACGAUCCAGAUACCCCACAUAUACAAAAUAGAAUUUCCGUUUAAUAUCCAGAUGCAAAGCACGUAUAAAUUCGUGUUAACCGCAGAACUGAUACAACUGAUUAUGAGCAGCUGGGGAAUGGGAGUUAUAAACGCUUUGCUCUUAGUAUUGACCCUGCACAUAGGCGCUCAAAUAGAUAUAUUGUGUUGCUGGUUGACGGAACUGAUGUCCGUACAGGGUGCUAACAACAGAAACAAUAUGAUGAGAAAAAUCAUUCAGAAGCAUCAGAAAAUCAUCUAUUUCACGGAUAAUAUCGAAAAUUUAUACACAUUCAUUGCGUUGCUGCAAUUCGUAUCAAACGUGCUCAUGAUUUGCUUAUUAGGAUUUUUAAUUAUAACAGCACUCGAUAAUCCUAAUGCGAUGGAGAAGAUAGUGAGAUCGCUUUCGUAUUACAGCGUGACAAAUCUAGAAGCGUUUAUAUUCUGCUAUGCCGGAGAAUACCUGAUUAACAAGAGCAAAGCGAUCGGAAACGCUGCGUACGAUACCUCCUGGUACAACAUGGAACCCGAGCAGAGUCGUAUUAUUUUAUUUAUUAUUUUAAGAUCGCAGAAGCAAUUAACACUAACGAUCGGGAAGAUGAUGAACCUCUCGUUGCAACAAUUUGCAAAUAUUAUGAAUUCUGCAGGCUCGUACAUCUCGGUAUUAUUGGCGAUGCAGUAA